CAGGAACUGAGAACGGUGCACAACAUUUCUACUAAUUCUGAUAUACUAUUAUCAGUCUUAUACUUUAUACGGUUCUUUAUUUGAAGAUUCGCAUAAGAACCUACAAGGAUAACAGUAUAUGCAGACUGCCAUAAAAGAUCUAAAGAACUAAAGUCACCAUGGUAGACCACCUGGCAUUUUCCGACGAAAACGCAGAGCGCAUUGCUGCUGUAGAGAGCUUCUUCGGUGGAUCGGGGAAGCCUCUUGCAGAAUAUGGCCGGGUUCUGGUGGGAGAAGGGAGACUUCUGAAACUCUGUCGCCGCAGCCCCCAGCCUAAGAUGUUCUUUCUCUUUAAUGAUAUUUUAGUCUACGGCAGCAUCAUAUUCCAUGGACGCUGGUACAAAAAUCAACACAUAAUCCCCCUUGAAGACAUUGUUGUGGAGGAUUUGGAAGACAGCCUGGAUAUGAAAAACCAGUGGCUCAUCAGGACGCCUCGAAAGUCCUUCUACGUCUCCGCCGCAUCCCCCAAUGAAAAGCAGGAAUGGCUCAAGCACAUUCAGGAGUGCAGGGCAAAGCAUUUGGUCAAGUCAGGACGGGCGCCUAACAAUAAUUUUGCCGCGACGUGGAUUCCCGACCGAGCGUCUGCCAUCUGCAUGCGCUGUUCUGACAAGUUUUCGGUCACCCACCGGCGGCAUCACUGCCGGCAGUGUGGCUUCGUGGUGUGCAGCUCCUGUUCCAAGGGCAGGUUCGUCAUCCGGGACAUUUCUCCCAAACCUGUCAGGGUGUGCGUGUUGUGCUUUCAGGCCCUGCAGGCUAAACACAAAUGGACUCACACUGUCGAUAAAAACUGGUCCGAUGAAGAUGAGCUCUCCAUUCCCAUGUAUGAGAGCUCCAGCGAAGAGGAUAGCGACGAACGAUAUGAGGAUCACCGACCUACCCAGUGGAUGCAAUCACAGAAUCACAUUGAGAACAGCUCAUGGUCAUCAUACAUUCGCUAAAAACUGUAAAAAAUUAACAAUUCUUGAAAUUCAGAUGUUGGUUCAAAUAAGUCUAAAUCCUAAAAAACAGUCCUUAAAAAGACAGGAAAAUCAUGCUUAAACCUUAAUCUCCACUACAAUUUAGAAUGAUAUGAUGUUUACACUAGGCUUUGGUAGUCUUUUGUGGACCUUUUUAAUAUAGGUUUGCCAAAACUUGCAAUAAAAGUCUUACAAAUUUUAUACAUGGUGAUACCUGUUAAUAUUCAAAGUAAAAUUGCUAACCUGAAUUUGUGUGACGACGCUCUGUAACUACACUGUAAUUUUUGAAUGUAGACAUUACCUCAGAACUUUUCUCUUCUUCAUUGGUGGUGAUGUAGUUAUGGAAUUUAUUUAUGCAGUGUUUAGUUAAUAUAUAUAUAUGUAUAUUUGUGUUACAAAAAUGUUUUAUUUAAUGUAUUAUUUUGUAUAUUUAUGCCACUGAAUACACUGACAUAUAUAUGAAUUACAGUCCUUAAUCAUUUUAUGAGAUUAUGCAAAUGCACUU